AUGGAAGGAACUGAUAUUCUCAAUACUAGACCAAUACUACCAUAUCACAAACUUAAAGAAAUCUUUGAAGACGAAUCAAAAUGUAUAGAAUAUUUAAAGGCUAAAGAAAUAAUACCACGAGAACUUAAAUGCCUAAAUAUUUAUU